UGAGGCGCCGCGCCGGCUUCCUGCGUGGCAGCUGAGCCGAGCAGACGACACACGGCACACGACGCGGCACGCAGCAGCCACGAGGUGCGACGCCCCGGCCACACGACACGCACCUGAGGGCGGCGGCGCUGCUACCUGCUGCCACACCCCACCUGCCGCUGCCUGGCUGCCCGCCACCGCACGUUCGAGCAGUGCCGGCGGGCCCGCCAUGUCCGCCGACUCGGAUAGCGGCGGCUACGAGAGGUGCUCGGCGGACGGCGGCGGCCGCGUGCUGGCCAUCCGGGCUCCGGCCGCGGUCCGCGCCUGCGCUCUGUCUCCACCCGGCGCGAACCCCGUGCGCAUCACGGCCGUGCCCAACGUCGCCUGGCGGCCGCAGGUCGCCUCGCAGAUGGAGAGAGAUUACAAGAAGUCUGCAUGUGAUAGAGAGAGAACGCGCAUGCGCGAUAUGAACCGUGCCUUCGACCUGCUGCGGGAGCGACUACCAACGUGCAAGCCGCAGGGCAAGAAACUCUCCAAGAUAGAGUCUCUCAGGCUGGCGAUCCGCUACAUCCGGCACCUGCAGGCGCUGCUGGAGGAACCGCUGCCACCGCCAGACCCCGCGGGCCUCAGCUUGGGGGUGGGCCUGGGCCUGUCUCCGCAGCCCGCCCCCGCCGCCGCCCCCGCUCCCGUCGGCUGCUACUGCCCGGACCCCUCGUGCCAGCCGCCCCCGCACGCCUUCGGCUACGGCUACUACCUGCCGUCGGAGAUGGCAGCCCUUCACCAGCCCACCGUCGACUACUCGUUCCUACAGCACUACUGAUCGCCGCCACCUGACCGUGCCACGGUGCUGGCGCUCGGACAAAGACAGGACCUAAUUAAUGCCAGCAGUUCUUAGAUUCCACCCCCCCCCCUUCCCUCCCCGUCUCCUUGACCGUCUCGUUGCUACUACUAGUCCUCAGCGUUUCAUAAAACCCAUUUAUUCCACACACGAAGGUUAUGGAAGAUUUUGUGACAACGUCGCCCAUAGUUAACGACGGAACAGAUUCGUAUCUAACUUUUGGGACUAGUGAGUGUUUAGUAUUUUUAAGAUACAUAAAGGCAUGUAAGAUGCAUCAGUGACCGAAACUGGCUCUAUCUACCACAUGAACAGUCCUCACUAUUAAUUCCUUUGUUGCUUUGACUUACAAUAGACUGCCAUUUCUGGACUUCAUUAUCAUAGGAUACGAGUUAUCAUUUGUCGUUGAAAAUUGUGAGUCUGUUCUCAUAACACUAAUGCUUUCAGAGUCACUCCUCAGACGCAGUCCACAACUUUUCUUUUUUAUUUCAGUUGUACAAAGAAUUCUAUAGCUGGCAGACCUAAUAAAAGACUUACAACGAUGA